AUGAUUUGCAUUCAUUUGUCUGAUCAUGAAUUCAACCCGAUUGAUCUGUUUCACGAUAUAUUCUCUAGAUUGCCAGCCAAGUCAAUAGGGAGGUUUCGUUGCGUGUCGGAGGAAUGGAGGUCCAUACUUUGUAGUGAAGAUUUUACCGAGUUGUUCAUAACCAAGUCUUCCACUCACCCGAGUCUCUUAUUUGCCAUGAAAGUCGCUAAAAACAACGAGUUUCAGUUCUUUUUGUCGCCUCAGCUUCAUAGUCAGAAUGAGAAGUCGACUUUAGCCGCCUGUUUUAAGCUGAAGUUACCUGAAGACAUGCCGCUAGAAUUUUGUAGUCAUGCCUCAGGUUUGUUCUGUUUCCGUCAUAUGCCGCCGAUCUCAAAGAAGGAAUAUACAACGCAUGUGAUAUGUAACCCUAGCGUAGGACAGUCUGUUUUCUUACCUAAACUUGGGACGGGCAGGGACGGUAAGAGCUUUUUAGGGUUUGAUCCGAUUGACAAGGUAUUCAAGGUAUUGUCAUCCUAUUCAUCUCAUUCCUCUGUUAAUUAUAUUUUGACAUUAGGAACUGCUGAAAUGAGGUGGAGAAGGAUACACUGUCCCUUAUCCCUUUACCCUUUGUCUAAAGGGAUAUGCAUCAGUGGAGUUAUAUAUUACCUGGCUCGAAAAACCUAUGAAACUUACUAUAUAGUUUGCUUUGAUGUUCGGUCUGAGAUAUUCGAGUUUCUGCACGCAGACUUCAUUGAUUUUUAUGCUACAAGAUUGAUUAACUAUGAGGGUCAACUAGGUCUCAUUAGUUGGCCUGAAAAUUCCGUUGAUGCAAGUAUGGCUUUGUGGGUUCUAGAGGAUGGCGAGAAUUGGUCGGAACAUGCCUUCACUCUUCCUGGUGAUAAAUUCAGCGACGUUGCCUGUAAUGUUUCAAAGGUUUCCGUAGUUGGAGUGACCGCUAUUGGUGAAAUUGUUUUGAUGAAGAAGGGCUAUUAUGACUCCGACCCAUUUAAGGUUUUCUACUUCCAUCCCAAACAGAACACUGUCAAACACCUUGAAGCUCAAGGUUUUGAGACAUUUGGUAGAGUUUACGCCUUUGUAGGCCAUGUAGAAGAUCUUACGCUUAUGAAUUGUCACCAGCUGCAACAAGAUCGUCUGAAGUUUGAUAUGAAAUAUCACCAGCUGCAAAAAGAUGUUGUUAGGUUUGAAAAGAUUAACAAAUUUGCUGCUCUGAGUCUUCUAGAGGAUGUAUGAGAAUUUACAGGCCAGUGUCAAAACUGACUGCGAGGAUCCCCUUCUCCAACUCGGCUAAAAGCUCUACUUAAUACAAGUUGUGUUCUCUGUUCGUAAACAUGAAAGGCUGAAAUUGUCUACAUAAUGAUUAUAAUUUCAGAGGGUAGCUAUUUUGGCUGUGAGUGUAGCUUCGUAUUUACAGGUUUUAUAUAAGCUUUAUCAUUCCCUUGGCUUAGCAAUUUUUUUAUUUUUUUAUUUUUUUUAUUUUUGG